AUGAUAGUCCUUUCUUGGAAUAUAAGGGGUCUUAAUGACCCUGGGAAGGUAGCUGUUUUAAAACGGCUGCUUUCUAAGCAAAAUUAUAAUGUUGUUUGUAUUCUGGAAACUAAGGUGAAAGAACACAUAAGUAAGAGUAUUCAAAAGAAGUUUGGGGCCUCUUGGGCUUGGCAUUGUAACUAUGCUAGCUCUUAUAGGGGUAGAAUAUGGGUGGGGUGGAAGACUGACUAUUUGAAUCUUGAUAUUUUAGCUUCUACAGAACAAUUUGUUCAUUGUUUGCUCUGCUCUAAAGAUUUGCAGGUUCAGAUUUUAGUCACUUUUGUUUAUGGUCUUCACUCUAUUCAGAAAAGGAAACAAUUGUGGUCUGGUCUUAAAGGAUUACCUACUGCUAUUAUUCCUUGGUUGUGUAUAGGUGAUUUUAACUCUAUUCUGUCUGCUGGGGAUAGAUUGAAUGGGGCUACUGUCUCUGAUUAUGAAACUAGAUAUUUCAUGCAGUGUAUUGAUGAUCUUGCUCUAGUUGAAAUAAAAAGUAAGGGAGCUCCUUAUUUUUGGUGUAACAAGGCUCAUACUGGUCCAAGGACUUUCACAAGGAUUGAUAGGGGCUUAGUCAACCAAGAAUGGCUUAACCUUUAUGGGCAUGUUGAAGCUAUCUUUCUUCCUCCUUCCCUCACUGAUCACAGUCCUAUAGCUUUAGAUAUCCUUCAUUUUCAGCCUGGGAAAGGGAGGCCUUUUAGAUUUCUUAAAUGUCUGGCUGAUCAUGACAGUUUUUUUAGUACAGUUGCAAAUGCUUGGCAAGCUCACAAUACUAGCUCUGCAAUGUAUAGGGUGUGGUACAAGCUGAAACAGGUGAAAACUGCUUUGAAGAAUCUGAGCACUCAGAAAUUUGGUGAUGUUAAUGCUAAGGUUGAAACUGCUCACAACAACCUUAUCUCUAUUCAGCAUCAAAUGUCUGAUGAUAUGUCCAAUACAGAGCUUCAUGUUCAGGAAUUGGAAGCUAUUGAGAAUGUUAAAAAAUGGUUGGGGAUCCAAGAAAGUAUCUAUAAACAGAAAUCUCGAGUUGACUGGUUACAGCUUGGUGAUGAGAACAAUAAGUUUUUCUUCUCUGUCAUGAAGAAUAGGCAAAGUAGAAAUAGAAUUGAUGCCUUAUAUACUGAGCAGGAUGUUCUUCUUAGGAUCCCUGGUGAAAUUGUAGAGGAACUAACAGGCUUUUAUAAACAGCUCCUGGGUUCCUAA